GCUUUCUUUCUUCUUUCACCCUAACCAACUCAUUGACAAUGUCCGGACGUGGCAAGGGCGGCAAGGGCCUGGGCAAGGGCGGUGCCAAGCGCCACCGCAAGGUGCUUCGCGACAACAUCCAGGGCAUCACCAAGCCCGCUAUCCGCCGUCUGGCUCGCCGUGGCGGUGUGAAGCGUAUCAGCGGCCUGAUCUACGAGGAGACCCGCACGGUGCUGAAGACCUUCCUGGAGAACGUCAUCCGCGACUCGGUCACCUACACCGAGCACGCUCGCCGCAAGACCGUGACGGCCAUGGACGUGGUGUACGCCCUGAAGCGCCAGGGCCGCACCCUGUACGGCUUCGGUGGUUAAGCGAUUACCUUGGCGGCAGGUGUGGGAGCAACGUACCCACCGUGUCGUGCCCACAGUCGUGUCCCUUCCACCUGGCUGUCUACCUCUUCAUCCAAAACUCGGUGUUUCUCAACACCACCCUGAUAUGUGUUGCCUCUUUCUAGCGGGGUCAUAUGAGGGGACAUCAGAGCAAACGAAGGGCGAUACUUGACAUGUACGGAGUUGCGUGGAGCACGUGGGACUGUGGGAGAGUUGCUUGCGCGCAAUGCCUGUGCGUGCCCGGUCAUUACCGUCUGGUAGCCGUGGUCGCCUGCCUGCUUGUGGCCUGUUCAUGGAGGCUGCAGACCAGAGGAGGGGGUCUUUCCUGCUGCAGACUGUGUGAGCUCAAUGGUUAGGUCGUCUUAUUGGCGGUAUGUAGCUUGGGGAUGCGUUCUCUGCCAUAUGCAGGUUGAGCGGCGAGGUGGUGCUCAGCUAGCAUGCCGGCACGCACCAUUCCUGGCUCAGCUAACUUGCCUUCACUAACUCUGCCAACCCUUGCAACUUGCAAGUAGCCCCAUGAGCCCUGGUGUCGUCCGGACCCGUCCGGACCCUUACAGCUGAAACUUGGUCCUGCCCUGUCUGCCAGGUGAUGGCCCAUAGGGUUUGCUUGCGUGGUUUGCUUGGUACGGGAGGAAUGGAGCGUCCUAUCGGAUCAAGCCUACUUGACCUAGAGUAGGCCGACGGCGAUGCAGGCGGCACGCCUCUGGGUUCCAAAGCACGGUGAUCGCACUGCACGCCCCUGGCUCGUGGACUGCGUCAGCCUUUCCCUGUAACCCCUGCCUGUA